GAGCCGCGGACUGCCCAUGGUGGAUGGGCGGAGCAGUAAGCAUGCGCUGAGCUGGCAGACACUGGGCUGGUCCUGACAGGCUGGAUGGGUUCUGGGUAGCUCUGCGCUUCAGACAGUCGUGGGGGAGACUACCAUCUACACUCAGCGUCUCCUCGAGUGCCCAGAGGAAAAGGCAGAAGAGACAAAAGAAAGCAACAGAAAAAGGAGAAGCAAAGAGCCGCACCUCGGCAUCGGGAAAAGCACCGAAGAAGAAGGAGACGAUCCUCCCCCUUUACCCCACACCCCGUCGCCAGCCCGUCCUAUUUACCCUACCCACCACUUCAUGCCAUCCCUAUAGUCUCAACUGCCCUCCCCUCUCCCCCCAGGGAGAACUACGACCACCCAUAGGAAACCCUCACUUGACCAGCGUUGCCACUGAGCGAUGCGCUUUGAAUUUAGGAAGAAAUCACAAAUGCGUUUCUGAUGCACAGCACAGCCAGUGGUCUUCAUUUUUCCUCGGCGGGAACAGUUAAGGCUACGGAUUUGGGUGUUUACACUUUUUGACGGGUCUCCAGUGGCAUGAUAACAUGCAGCAUGCAACAUCCCGCGGCCACAGACAAGGCUGUCAUUCCAUAAUUUAGUCUUUAAACAACCAGCUGUCACAUGCGCUGCGAUUGAGCUUAUGUUUGAUUUUUCCAUGCUUAGAAAUAAUUCUGACAAUGGUCUGGGAACGGACCGCCUCCCCAUAUACCUAGUAGUAUUUUUCAAGACGUGUCAGCUCUAUAUUUCGUUUAUAUCGAAGAAAAAGCGGCAGACUGAGGAGUAGUCAUUUGACAACGACACCGACUGAGCCACAGGACUUUGCGUGCGAAGUUGGCACCGAGGAGGGGGAAGCGAGUCGGAGAUAUCUCGGGAAUAUCCAAGGCAUUUUCCCUGUAAGGUGGGAGGUUGGUGGGUUGUUGUCAUGCUGUCCCUAGACGAGCCCUUGGACCUUAAGCUCCCCCGGCGGUCCACUGGGUGGGACAGAGGUGUGUGUUCGGCCCCCUUCUCUCUACUGCACCCCAAGCGGGCUCGGCAGCUCCGCAUGGCAGAUGAUGGCACUGCAGUCAUAGAGCCAGCUUCACCAGAUUCUCCUCCCACAGGAGGGCAGGCGGUCCCCCAGGAUCGAACAGACACCCCUACCCCCCCUGCGGUGGACCUGAGCAUGUCUCCAUCGUCCCGCCACACCCCCAGUUCUCCAGAAAUGACCAACGGCAACUACGUCCCCUCAGGGGCCUUUCAGUUUUUUGUGCCAAUCGGAGCUGGGGCGGGACUUCACCUGCCGUCCUCCAUGUUCAUCGGCCAGACAAGCGAUAAGAGAGUCUCUCCCGACCUGUCAGCAGAUGAACAACUGGCCUGCCACUGGAGGAAGUGCCAUCUGCUCUUUGACUCUCUGCAAGACCUGGUUGACCAUGUCAAUGACUUCCAUGUUAAGCCUGAGAAGGAUUCUGGGUACUGCUGCCACUGGGAGGGCUGUGCUCGCAAAGGGAGGGGUUUCAAUGCUAGGUACAAGAUGCUCAUACACAUCCGCACUCACACUAAUGAGAAGCCCCACCGCUGUCCCACAUGCAACAAGAGCUUCUCACGUCUGGAGAACCUCAAGAUACACAACCGCUCACACACAGGUGAAAAGCCCUACAUUUGUCCGUACGAGGGUUGCAACAAACGCUACUCCAACUCCAGCGACCGCUUCAAACACACACGCACACACUAUGUAGACAAGCCCUAUUACUGCAAGAUGGUGGGCUGCCUGAAGCGCUACACAGACCCCAGCUCUCUCCGCAAGCACAUCAAAGCCCAUGGCCACUUUGUGGUGCAGGAGCAGGGCAGCUCAGGUGGGGUGGGCCCCCUCCUUAAAGGCAGCCAGAGUGGAGGGCUUGCUAGUGGAGGGGGGAAGGAUUCAGAGCUGUCCUAUGUAAGCGGAGCUCACAUCAUCAUCCCAGGGGCAGCAGCUGCUCUCCUGGGAGGCCAUGCUCUCCAGGGCCUGAGUGGUGCUCUGCCCCUGUCCCCCCUCAGUCCUCGGCCCCUGGACCUCAGCACUCUGGGUUGCCCUAACUCACCUCCAGGCAGCCUGGGAAGCACACCCAUCCUGUCCUUCAAUGGCUCCCCACUGGGCUUGGCCAAGUCCUCUCUGCUCUCCCCGGCAUUCACCUCCUCAGCUCUGGGCCUGCCAAUGGUGCCCGUGCUGGGAGCCAUGUCUGAGCACAGGGCUCAGGGCCAGCAAAGCAAGAAGAACCGGGGGGAAGAAGCCGAGAAUGAGGUGAAUGGAGGUGUCCUGAAUCUCUCCACUGGAGGGUCUCAUGAUCCCUUGUCCUGGGUGGUCAUCCCCCCAGGCACCGUGGUGCUCAAACCAGCUGUGGUCAACUGAUACACGCAUACACACACAUUCCAGAAGAGCUCAGGGGGUUGGGUGGGAUGGUGAACACCAUACUGUGGGGAUGGGCUUUCAAAGCUGAUAGGGAUUGUCUUGCACAAUCAUUUCCGAGGAAGGUGGAACGGGAUAAAACGACAGAGAAACUUAUCAAAACUUCAAUCAAGAAAACAAUAGAUACAGUAACACGAAACCUCACAAGAACUAAGAAUACAACGCAAGCCUCUUUUAAUGUUGGGAAACCAAGGGGCCCUAGAACUCUGUUCAGGAACAUGCAUGGUUUGGAAUUUCUAUCACAAGACCUGCCAGCAGGCUUCUUGUUUAUUUUAUACUCGACUCAUUCAUGUUUGCUUGUUUUUGUGGACAGGGACCAUGAACAUGACAGUCUUAGUGCUCUGUGUUUUUACAAAAGUCCUGAUUCAUUGAUAAAUAUUUAUAUCAGUGUACUUCGUCAACAGUGUGCCUCCCGCUUAGCAGUGAGACAGAUACACCGUGAAACCGAAUGACGCACUCACAGUUAGGCAAACAUGCACAUAUUAGUGAGAUUCUACACAGCUGACUUUAAAGUUAUGACCUAUUUUUCACAGGCUACUGUGAUUAAUGUGACUCAGACAAGCUUGCCAUACCAAAGCAAGUGAACUCAAACUGUCUUGGAUUUGUGCAGGAAAUAGCUGCAGCUUCAUCUCUGAGACAGUUCAAUUAAACACAAAACUUAAUAAUGUAAAGUAGUAAUUGUGUUGAAACCUCAAAACUGCUGCUAUUCUCUUGGCUUCCUCAGUGCAACAUAAACUGGGAGAGAGCACUUUUGACAAUCUGUCCCCAGUUCGGGGAGGGUAACUAAUAUGGACCAGCUUAGUCCACUAGGAUGUGUGCCAGGCGUGCAGACAAGGGGCUUUUAGAGCACAGAGCAAUCUGAGGACUUACAGACAAAUGGUGUUGCAUCACCUGACAAUGACCAAUCAUUUUACACAAGUGAAAUUCAAGCACUGGCCUGUCUGGCUCCCCCCUUUGGUUGUACACAAUACUACCAUCCCCCUCGGAAUUUAUAGAACUAGCACUGUUUUGCUCCUGGAUUUUCCCGUAAGCGAAUAAGCACAGCCAGUUUGGGCAUGAAAGGGACACUGUGCUGAAAAACACAAGUGUCUUGUAUUUAUUAAGACACAAAACGUCAUCAGACACAAAACCAUCUGUGAGAAACAGGUGGUCACCCAGUCAAAAACCCAAACUAAGCUUUGUCGGUUGAAGUUUUGUCCCAAGUCUUAUGCUGUGCCAAAAAUACCUGGAGAGGGAAGAAUGGGUUUUAUGUGCUGUGCUUCAGAGGGUGGUGUGACGCACUCAGUGCCACAUACAGCUGGACUGACUAGAAAGCCACACUAUUGCAAACUGCCUCAUUUUACUCUGUCCAAAAGGGCAAACACGACACAUUUGACUUCUGGGGAAACUUUUCUCAUGGUUCGAUUAAGCAGUCAACAUGCACUUAUCAGAAACUUCUUACAUGUUUUACAAAAUGUUACUGCCAAGUCAUGGUAUUUUUAUAAACUAGUUUGCUCUUACCCAAUUUUUCUCUAAGGGUCAGUUGCGCUGUGGGGUCCUUCUAGGAUUGUAUUGCUCAGUGCUAAUGCAUGUAUGAUGUUGACUGCUGUCUCCACGGAGGAGAGGUAGGGGAGCAGGAGAGGAUCAUCAUAACACAAGGAACAUUCCCUCAAGAGACUCAAUUGUCCUCUCUUUUUGCUCCUCCAUCUCUCUUCAUCUGCUUAUGUUGGUGGCCUUACGUUUCCAUCUCUGUCUUAGAAAUAAUCAGUUAUUGCUGUUUUAUAUGUUUGUCAUUAUUUUUUGCUGUUCAGACGAGACAUUUAAUCUGAUGUUGAAGUUGCUUCUUGUGUUCAGCAGUGGCUGCUUUGCAGUCAGCUUUCUGCUGUCGAGGGUGAGUCUUUUGGCUGACUAGAGGAAGAGGUUUGGGUGGUCGUCCAGGGCAGCGGUUCCCAGGCUGGGGGUUGGUCAGCCUAUUGGUCUAGACAGAAAUAUCUCAACAGUGAUAGUGUGGAUUAGCAUGAAGUUUUCCACAGACAUUCAUGGUCCUCAAAGAAUGAAUCCUACUGACUUUGGUUGGGCCCUAAAUUUUAAAGUGCCACUCUGAGGAUGACUUUUGUUUUGGUUUUAAGUGAAUUAUCUCAUCAACUGUUGGAUGGAUUUCUGUGAAAUUUUGCAGAAACAUUUUUGCCCCCCUCAGGAUUAACUGUAAUAACUUUAGUGAACCCUCAAGUUUUCAUCUAGCACUACCACUGGGUCUGAAUUUAAAUUUGUGCAUUGCUUUGCAUUAUGACCAAAUAACUGCAAAACUAAAGACAUUCCCUUCAGCCUCAGCCAAACUUUGUGUUUAGUGCUAAUUAACAAACAUCGGCAUGCUAAUUCACUAAAUUAAGUUGGUGAAUCAGAUAAAUAUUACCUGCUAAACAUAUUGCAUUUUCACUGUGAGCAUGUGAGCGUGCUUAUGUUCGUAUUUGGCUCAAAACACAGCUGUGCAACAAAUACAGCCUCACGGAGCUGCUAGCACAGCUGUAGGCUUGUAGGCCUGUUUCUUGUGAAAUACUGAUGCUUACCUUAAAGUGAAACAAUGUGGGUUUAUUGCUUUAUUCUAAGGGGUUGUGAUCCCUUCUGGAAACCACUGCUCUAAUGGGCCAGUAUGGUGGAUCAAAUGACAUUCCUCCCUAUUAAAUUGAUCUGUUAAGAAUAUGUUCAUGUAUGGGUAUAUACAGUGUAUUUCUGUACUUAGUGUCCUAACAGUAAAAUACCUUGGGAUUAAAUUGGGGUUCAAAUAAAUUUGCAAACUCUGCUCCCUUUGUUGUGAAGUUUAGUUUUCACAGUCAAAUAAAGCAUAGAGAAAUAACUUUUGACUGCAAAAUGGCAGGCAGCACUGGGAGAGUGUGAGAGCAAAGAGAGACAGGAUUGGCUGAAUGAAUAAAUGAAUGGAGAGGGGAUAGAGAGAGAUGACGGGAGAGGCUGUGUGCCAGCAUAGGAAAAGAGGCAGAUGAUAGCUGCACUGUGUAGCCGCCCUCUAUCUGGCCACCUACCCAGCAAAUGACCCUCUCAGCUCUGAAGUCACUGGCUGCGCCCAGUGUGGUGGCCACUCACAGGCGCACCAGCCUACAGAAAACUAGGCCACUGAACUCUGCCUGCCCUCUGGGUUUUCUCUCUUUUCUUUCUUAUAGAUUAAGCCCAAAUGGCUCAACUCCCCCACCUCCCAGCCACAAAGCUUUUUAAUAGAGAUGGGGGAAACAGGCAAACAAAAGCAAAUACAAUCUUCCCUGACUGAGGACCACAGACAGGGUCCACAACAAUUCCCAGCAGAGAAGAACUGCACACCUGUGUUUCUGCCUCAGUAAUUCUUAGUGAUCAUCAUUUCAAACACACUCUGCCUCCCUCACUCAUGCCAGCGGCCUGUCUCUGGGUCCAGGCUGGGUAUUGAAGAGAAUCUCUUGUGAGUGGACAAUUCUGGCAUGUGAUGUCAUCAGAAACAGGUGUUAAAUAGGCUAGACAUGGUUUCCGUGGCAACAGUACAACCCACAGAUGCUGCGGUUCCCCCCUCCUCCUCCUCCGUCUGUCUCUUUCCUCUGCUGGUUGAAGCCAGGAACAGACUCAGCACAGCGGCAAAAAGCUGAAUAAUAUGACACGGACCUUUCCGAGGUCCACAUCCUUUAAAUAUUAAAUACGCUGUAUGAUCCAUUAACCCUCUGAGCUCAGUCUGUAACAAGCUGCACUUUUGUUCCCCCUAUAUCAUGUACACAUACUUUUAGUUAUUCUUCAGUUGUUUAGGAACAAGUAAAAAUGUAAAAUUAUUCUCAGCUGAUAAAAUUGCCUGAGUUGAAAGUCUUUUUUUUUUUUUGGCCUUAUAACAGCGGUACUUGUUCCUGGAGAUUUUAAAGUCACCUUCACUUAUUGAUAUGACAAGUAGAACAGAAAUCUGGGGCACAAAAUCUGCGCUAGCUAGCCAGGGCAGUGUCAUUGUAAAGACAUGUCACUGACUGAAGCGCCACAGAGUUGCACAAAGGGUUAAUGAUAAGACUAAGGCCAUGCCAGGCCUGUUCCAAGUUCUGUUUUUUGCACAUUUGUGAGAUAUGUCAGUAUUUUAAUUUUUCCAAGUGCCUUUUUAUUAUAGGUUCAAAAAUAGAAGUUAUACACUAUAUGAAAAAAAGAUUAUAUGAAAAUAUAUUUUUCCUGGCAUCAUGUUCUGUGGUUGAACAUGCAGAAUUUUAGAGUUGUAAACGUCUCCAAUUGGUACAACAUAGUGGUGUUCUCCUGUUUUAGAGGAAUUUUAUUACGAUAUUGAUAAUAAUGUCAAUGAAAACAAAACUGUUUA